UUCCUGCUUGUUUCCACCGCUGCGGUGACAGACGAAAACAAAAUGCGAUAGUCUAACUUCACCGAUGAGCUGCGAUAAAUGACAGCCUCAUUACCGAGCCCCGGUUCAUUUCACUGGCCGAUUAUUUAAAUGCCAUUUCUCUGGACGUGAGGCGUGUAACAGAAAACCAAACAUGCAGUUCUCUCCAACCAACGGAGAUUUCACGUUCGUCUCUUCGACAGAGGCUGAAGAGCUCAGCGGCACCAUCAGCGCCCCAGAUAUUAAACUGAGCAUGGGCAGUGACAGCGGUAAAGACCCGUACGCCACCACCUUCCUGAGGCAACGAGGCUACGGCUGGCUGCUGGAGGUGGAAGAGGAGGACAGUGAAGAGAGCAAACCUCUUCUGGAGGAGCUGGACAUUGACCUGAAGGACAUCUAUUACAAGAUUCGAUGUGUGCUGAUGCCAAUGCCAUCGCUGGGUUACAAUCGGCAGGUGGUCAGAGACAACCCGGACUUCUGGGGCCCUCUGGCCGUGGUGCUGCUCUUCUCCAUGAUCUCCAUCUACGGACAGUUUAGGGUUGUGUCUUGGAUCGUCACCAUCUGGAUAUUCGGAUCUCUAACUAUAUUCCUGCUGGCUCGUGUUCUCGGUGGUGAGGUUUCUUAUGGCCAGGUUCUUGGAGUGAUUGGAUAUUCCCUGCUUCCUCUCAUCGUCAUAGCUCCUCUGCUCUUAGUGAUUGGAGGGUUCGAGGUGGUUUCUACACUAAUCAAACUGUUCGGCGUGUUCUGGGCUGCAUACAGUGCUGCUUCGCUGCUUGUCGGAGAUGAAUUUAAAACAAAGAAGCCCCUUCUCAUAUAUCCCAUUUUCCUUUUGUAUAUCUACUUCCUAUCACUAUAUACUGGUGUGUGACUGAAAAAAUUGAAACUGUGGACCUUUUCAAGGACCGUGGAGCAUGGGGGGAGAAUCAAACUACAAAACCAGGAUUUUUUUUUUUUUAAAAAGGUGUUUAUUUCUUUUUCAGGCUGUGGGAGUGUUGGGAAUAUAUAUCAAUGUAUAUAGUUUUGUCCCUUCUGUCUUUGGUCAAUAAAAUGCAUAUGCUUUUGCAGCUUAAACUUCA